UUCCGUUCUCAUCUGUUGGUAAGUCGAAAUGUUUUUUUUUGUUUUUUUUUAAUGGCAAAUGUGGAAGUAAAUAUUUUACGCAAUGUAUUUUUGUUAAUCACUAUAGUGUCGUGAAAUACAUCACCAUGGCUUACUCUGCCCAGAUGAUUGUGCCGUAUCAGUGGAUUUUGAAUGUUGUCGAGGAGGAACCGAAGACAAUUGCCUCGAAAAUGAUUAUUUUCCGAGGCGAACGAGUAUUCCGUGUUGGUUUGAAGAAUCACGCCCAAUCUCCGAUUUUAUUAUUUUUGGCUGCUGAUCUCAACAAAAUCGGAAUGAGAGUGGAAGAUGUCAUGUACGGAGUCGAAGAUGCUGACACCUGUCCAGCAACGAUGACGCAAAUGAAGAGAGAAGACAAAAUUGGCAUUGACGGAAGUCUGCAGUUAUUCACCAUUAAACUUGUCGAAAUGGUCACCGGACAACGGACAUUUGUGUUCCGCAUUUGCAUCAAAGGAAACGUUCCCGGCUAUUCUUAUCGUCUGUCUGAUCGUCUUGGCAAGGAUCAAUUAUGGGCUGCCAAGGACAAUCCAAAUUUGGCCGACGUUGAAUUCAUCGUGAAAGGUCAGAAACUAUUGGCGAACAAAUCCAUUCUGGCAGCGCGCAGUCACGUGUUUGCGGCCGAAUUAACGAAAGAACAACCGGUGAGAGAAGGACGUCAUCAGAUCCGAAUCGAUGGAGUGGAACCUUCAACUGUGGAGCAAUUUCUGCACUUCAUCUACACGGGUGAACCAAUGUCAUCACUUGCAAAUGAACAACGGCUCAUGUUGGCUGAAAAGUACGGACUAACAACUCUGAUCAAGUUGUGCCAAGUCGCACUCAAGAAAAUUGAGACAAAACAAAUGAUGAAUUUCCUGGAUUCGAAUAAAAAAUCAGAAAUACCUCCUCCUUCCGAAAUCAGGCCGGAAAAAGACACGGAAAUCUUUUUCGAUCGAACGACGCCCACUUUUAGAUGCGCUUUGGAGUUUGUUGGACCUGCUGGAAUUGAAAACUCAAAAGGUUUGGUGAAAUAUCAAAAUGAAAACAUUUUUGUCGUUUGCAUCAGUGGAGUCGAGUGUGGUAAAUCCUCAUACUGCAGCUAUACUAAAGCUGCGAUUCAUUUAUCAUGCGCUAAGCAUCGCAACUUCGGGUUCAAAGUUGAGGAUAUUUAUUGCAGCAGCAGCAUCCUGCAGGAAUACAAAUACAAGCAGCAGUGGUUGAAAAUGGAAGCAAACAAAUUAAAAAAUAGCACAGAAUUACUUCAACGCUUCAUCAUCCGAUUGGAAGAGGAAAUUCGUAUUAGCUACAAUGGCAGUUACACAUCCGACUUCGAAAUCAAAGUCGUCAGCACGAUCGGCAAUUAUUAUUACGAGAUGAUGGAUGACGAUUGGUUGAAGGAUUUAUGGGCCGCCGCAACCAACCAGAAAUUGACGGAUGUCGAAAUUUUAGUCGGAACUGUUAAAGUAAUGGAAGCUCAUCGUGUAAUUCUAUCCGCUCGCAGUCCUGUCCUGAAUAUCUUGUCAAACAAGGUCAGCAGUGACGCAACGAAAUCUAUCGUCACAUUUGGAGUGGAAUUCAAUGUCAAUAUUGUGAAAUAUUUCUUGCGUUUCCUGUACACUGGUUCGUUGCUGGAGACAUCCGCUAACAAAUUCACCGACUACAAGCAGCUUCUUGAGUUGGCCACAAUGUACGAAGUGGAAACGUUGAAGAAUUUUUGUCAAGUGGUCAAUGCUUUUGUUCCUCUGGAUGUUGAAGAUCUCACUAGUUCUCUGCUGGAACUCUAA